UAUAACAUAAUUUCUUUUGUUGAUCUUAUUAAUAUGGCAUCGAAUUCAUUCAAGUUAUCCCUCAUUUUACUUCUAACCAUAUUCAUUAAUUCAGAAGCUGAACUAGACCAACUUAAAGAAACAAGAAUGACACUCUACUUUCAAGAUUGGUCUGGUGGACCAAAUGCCACUGUGCUUCAAAUAAGAGAUCACCAAAAUGGUCCUCUGAGUUUUGCUAAGUUCGGUUCUGUAUUCGUUACUGAUGAUCCAAUAACAGAAGCCUUUGAUAAGAACUCUGCUGAAAUUGCUAGAGCUCAAGGUAUAUAUGUUACUUCUGCAUUGGAUGGAACUAUUUCUCAUGUGCUAAUAUCAAUCAUCUUCAGAAAUAAAGAAUAUAAAGGCAGCACUUUGGAAAUACAAGGCGCUAGUCCACAGUUUGAGAGGGUAAGAGAAGUGGCUGUGGUUGGUGGUACUCGAAAAUUUAGACUUGCUCGCGGAUAUGCAACUUUUGAGACUAUACACUUCGAUUUGGCUGUUCAUCACGUUGUUAUUCAGUUUAAUGUUACAGUUUUACAUUACUAAUAGACGACAUAUAAUAAUGAUAAUAGUCCGUCAGAACAAAGUGAAUUCUAGUAUGUUUAGAGUUCAAGUUUGUUUCCAAAUUGAUCUGUGUGUAAAGGCUAGC